GGUUCAGAAAGCAGCUUGCAAAGUAUGGGAGAAUAGCAGCCUAAAGCUGUGGAGAUGCUGAGGCUCCUCUUUCGCAGCAAGCCCAGGAUCCCGGAGGCAAAAUCAGACAUCACUUGGAUAGAGAAAGACCUGGUGGAUGCAGCAGACAAGGGCGAAGGUGUUGUGAAAGAAAUCAACAUCACGCACCAUGUGAAGGAAGGCUCCGAGAAAGCCGAUCCGUCGCAGUUCGAGCUGCUGAAGGUGCUGGGACAGGGCUCUUUCGGCAAGGUUUUCUUGGUGAGAAAAAUAACACCGCCAGACAGCAACCACCUCUAUGCUAUGAAAGUGCUCAAGAAGGCGACACUGAAAGUGCGUGAUCGAGUAAGGACGAAGAUAGAAAGGGACAUCCUGGCUGAUGUAAACCAUCCCUUUGUGGUGAAACUCCACUACGCGUUCCAGACGGAGGGGAAGCUGUAUCUCAUCUUGGAUUUCCUCAGAGGAGGUGACCUUUUUACUCGGCUUUCCAAAGAGGUCAUGUUCACCGAGGAGGACGUGAAGUUCUACCUAGCAGAGCUGGCGCUGGGGCUUGACCAUUUGCACAGCCUGGGAAUCAUCUACAGGGAUCUCAAACCGGAGAACAUCCUCUUGGAUGAAGAAGGGCACAUCAAACUCACAGAUUUUGGCUUGAGUAAGGAGGCUAUAGACCACGAGAAGAAAGCCUAUUCCUUCUGCGGGACGGUGGAGUAUAUGGCACCCGAAGUUGUGAAUCGCCAGGGCCACUCCCACAGUGCGGACUGGUGGUCGUACGGCGUGUUGAUGUUUGAAAUGCUCACCGGCUCGCUGCCCUUCCAGGGGGAGGGUCGGAAGCGAUUGCUUAACUUCCUCCGCAGAGCGAAGCUGGGCAUGCCGCAGUUCCUGAGCGCGGAAGCACAGAGCCUCCUGCGAGCCCUCUUCAAAAGGAAUCCAGCCAACAGAUUAGGUUCUGGGCCAGAUGGGGCGGAGGAGAUCAAGCGCCAUCCUUUCUACUCCACCAUCGACUGGAACAAGCUGUACCGCAGGGAAAUCAAGCCGCCCUUCAAGCCCGCCGUAGGCCAACCGGACGACACCUUUUACUUCGACACGGAAUUUACAUCGCGGACACCGAAAGAUUCCCCAGGCGUC